AUGGGCAAAGAUAAGGAAUCGUAUGAAAAAAACCUGGAAAAGUUUGAAGAAAUGUCGCGCUCGUUAGACGAUGAGCGGCGGCACAAGAAGAAGAAAAAGAAGAAAGAUCGCAAGCGCAGUCCCAGUCCUGAAAAGGAAUUGGAAGUAUCGCCACCCAAAAGAGUAAAAAGAAAAGCGCAGGGAGCCAGAACCGGAACCAGAGCCGGCUCCAGAAUCGCCAGAAAGGAAGAAACUGCGGCACCACCAGUUGAGCCAGUGAGAAUCACAGCGGACGAUGUGGCAUCAAUGGCGAAAGAGGCAGAAAAAGAGGAGCUGAAAAAAGACAUAGUCAACAUGGGGCAGUACACAGGAGCGACGCUAGAAGGCGGAGAAGCCAGACUCAACAAAUUUGCGAGACUUUUGGGCGGAAAGAAAAAAGAAUCAAAGGUGAAUGGCGAGGCGCUCAACAACAGACUAGAGGAGCAAUUCAACCGCGCGCGAUCGUUCCACCACGGCUUUGGCCAGGGCGGCUACGGAUACGGCCGUUCUUUCCAACAAUGA